GUGCUGCGGCAGGAUAUGGGGGAGGGGAGGGGGGGCCGCGGUGUGGGGGGGGCGGCCGUGCCGCUCGGUGCCCUCGCGGGGCGGGCCAGGGCGGGAGCUGCGGGGAAUCCCCGGGCGGGCGCCUCUGGCCCCGCCCCGGCCCCGCCCCAAUGCCCGGCUCGAGCUUGGGCUCGGCUCCUCCCCUCGGGGCGGGCGGCUCGGGCUGCUGCCACCGCUGCUGCGGGCUCCCGGCUCCGGCUCGGCGCGGGCCGGCCGGCACCGGGCCAUGUCGCUUCUUCGGGACGUGUCGCUGCAGGACCCCCGCGAGCGCUUCGAGCUGCUGCAGCGGGUGGGGGCCGGCACCUACGGGGACGUGUACAAGGUGCGGACCGGCCCGGGGCCCGGGACACGCAGACUUCCGAGCUGGCUGCCGUGAAGAUAGUCAAAGUGGACCCAGGAGAUGACAUCAGCUCCCUCCAGCAGGAGCUCACCAUCCUCAAAGAGUGUCGCCACCCCAACGUGGUCGCUUACUUGGGCAGCUACCUCAGAAAUGACCGCCUGUGGAUCUGCAUGGAGUUCUGCGGAGGAGGGUCCCUGCAGGAGAUCUACCAGGCCACGGGACCCCUGGAAGAGAGACAGAUCGCCUACGUGUGCCGGGAAGCCCUCAAGGGCUUGCAUCAUCUGCACUCUCAGGGGAAGAUUCACCGGGACAUCAAGGGCGCCAACCUGCUCCUCACUCUUCACGGAGACGUCAAACUGGCGGACUUUGGCGUGUCCGGAGAGCUCACGGCGACGGUGGCCAAGAGGAGGUCCUUCAUCGGGACGCCAUACUGGAUGGCCCCCGAGGUGGCUGCCGUGGAGCGCAAGGGGGGCUACAACGAGCUGUGUGACGUGUGGGCCGUCGGGAUCACCGCCAUCGAGCUGGCCGAGCUGCAGCCGCCGCUGUUCCACCUGCACCCCAUGAGGGCGCUCAUGCUCAUGUCCAAGAGCAGCUUCCAGCCUCCCAAGCUGAAGGAGAAGGCCUGCUGGUCCCAGAACUUUCACCACUUCCUCAAGCUGGCCCUGACCAAGAACCCCAAGAAAAGACCCCCUGCUGAGAAGCUCCUGCAGCACCCCUUUACAGCCCAGACCCUUCCCCGGACGCUCCUCACGCAGCUCCUGGACAAACUCAAUGACCCUCAGCUGGGCGUCCCCACGCCGGAGGACGGCGACCUGGAGACCUACGACCUGUUUCCGGACACGAUCUACUCCAGGGGGCAGCACGGCCCGGCCGAGAGGACCCCGUCCGAGAUCCAGUUCCACCAGGUGAAAUUCGGGGCUCCCAGGAGGAAGGAGACGGAGCCACCGAGUGAGCCGUGGGAGGAAGAGUGGACGCUGUUAGGGAAGGAGGAGCUCACUGGGAGUCUGCUGCAGUCGGUCCAGGAGGCCUUGGAGGAACGGAGCCUGACCAUGAAGCCGGCUCUGGAGGACCAGGUCUUCGCCUCCCCAGAGGACGGAACCGGAACCAUCAAGCGAUCCCCAUUCGGGGGCCCCGGACCCCCGGCACCCGAAGGCUCGGACUCUCCCGGCUCCCCUCCAGCAGAGCCGCCCGAGUCGCCUGGGCCCCGCUCGGAGGCCCCGCCGCUGCUCUCUUCUGAGUGGGCCACCAUGACGCGGAAGGAAGACAGCGAGAGAUCCUCCUGCCACGGCCUCCCCCCGACCCCCAAAGUUCACAUGGGCGCCUGCUUCUCCAAAGUCUUCAACGGCUGCCCGCUGCAGAUCCACGCCGCCGUCACCUGGAUCCACCCCGGCACCCGAGACCAGUUCUUGGUGGUGGGGGCCGAGGAGGGGAUCUACACCCUCAACCUGCACGAGCUCCACGAGGACACUUUGGAGAAGUUGAUCCCCCAACGCUGCUUCUGGCUCUACUGUGUCAACAACGUCCUUCUCUCCCUGUCAGGGAAGACCACCCACGUGUGGGCCCACGACCUGCCGGCGCUGUUUGAGCAGCGGCAGCAGCAGCGGCAGCGGCCGGCCCCCCUGUCCAUGGCCACCCAGCGGCUCCCGCAGCGGAUCAUCCCCAGGCGCUUCGCCCUCUCCACGAAGAUGGCGGACACCAGGGGCUGCCUCAAGUGCCGCGUGGUUCGAAACCCCUACACGGGGAGCACCUUCCUGCUGGCCGCCCUGCCCUCCGGCCUGCUGCUCCUGCAGUGGUACGAGCCCCUGAAGAAAUUCCUGCUCCUCAAGAACUUCACUACUUCCCUGCCCAAUCCUUUGGGGCUCCUGGAACCUCUGAUCCUGGAAGGGAAGGAGCUGCCUCAAGUGUGUGUGGGUGCCACGGGGUCCGGGGGCCCCGGCCUCGGCCUCCAGUUCCACAUCCUCCCUCUGGAGGCCGGGCUCUCUCCUGACUUCCUCAUCCCUCCAGAGGGGGCGCCUGGCACUGCCCGGCAGGUGAUCCAGGUGGACAGAGACACGGUGCUGGUGUGCUUUGAGCGCUGCGUGAGGCUGGUGAACCUCCAGGGGACCCCGACAGGCGCCCUGGCCCCCGAGCUGACCUUUGACUUCCCCAUCGAGACUGUGGUCUGCCUUCAGGACAGUGUGUUGGCUUUCUGGCAGCACGGCAUGCAGGGGCGGAGCCUGGAGACUAACGAGCUGACUCAGGAGAUCACCGACGAGACGAGGCUAUUCCAAGUGCUCGGGGCUCACAGAGACAUCAUCCUGCAGAGCACCCCCACCGACAACCCCGGGGCCCACAGCAACCUCUACAUCCUAACCGGCCACCAGAGCAGCUACUAAGCCCUGCCCGGCCGCGCCGGCGCCAGCCGCCGGGCUCCCGAGACAGCUUUCGGGGGGCGUUUGCUGGGCAGGGGACCCCCCCCGGCACGUCUGCAAUAACUGGACUAGACCAAGCUGCUGUGACUCCCCUCCUCGCCCUCCGGGAGCUCCAUCCCCAGAGGCUGCGGCCUUGUCGGGCACACUCGGGUCCCCUCGGGGUCUUGUCUGCCCGCCUGCGGCCAGGAGACCUACAUUGGCAUUAAAGUCUGCUCGUCUGA